AUGUGUAUUGUGUUCUGUGUGUUCCAGGGGAGCCGGGGCCACUACCGGUACCACUGGCAGAGCCACAAUGUCAAGCAGAGUGGAGUGGACGACAUGGUGCUCCUCUCCAAGAUCAACGAGGACGCCAUUGUGGACAACCUCAAGAAGAGAUACAUGGAUGACUACAUCUUUGUAUCCUUCACAUUCACACAGUUCACACCUAGAUGAAGAAUGGCUAAGCCCUGCCAUUGACACGCUCUCACUGUUCCCAGAAUAGCUGAGUGAUCAUUCAAAGUGCUGUAAUAACUCAGAUUAAUGAUCUAGUGUUUGAGGCUCCAGAUACUGGGCUACUCCCACCAUGUACCGCCAGUGGAGAGGGGGAGACGGGCCUCUUUGCACCCCUAUCUGGACCCCUGACUUCAGCUUCCUUCAGCUUCCUUCUCCUCCAGGCUGGAAUGGAUCUUAAUCAGGUUUACUCUGGUUUAAUCUCACCAUGCAGCAAUAUGGAACGAGGUUGGGGGGAAAGGUUCCUGAAAGAUGUACAGUACGCCUUGCACAGUGAAUGUGAGCAGUGCAGCUACUUUCCUACAACUGCUGUGCUGAGAGCAUUCAGGGCCAGAUCUGUAAAUGCCCCAGGCCCCGUAGGCCAAUACAAUCCCUAAGAAGACUAGCUAGAGUAUUCAGCUUCACUCUUACAUACCUCAAGAAUAUAUUGAGAUUUAAAGUUUUGUUCUUGUGCCCAUAUAAUUUAUCCAAGUAGUGUUGAAAUGUUUGGGUCUCUGAAUAACCCUUUUGAUGGAAGAUGUUGAAAGUUCUCGAAGGAGCUCAUUAAUUAAAACCUCAUCUGUGUCUUGGCAGUAUUUAGGAUUAUAGAGUUGAGCGGAUGCUGGCCAUUUUAGAUUGAAAACUCUGAGUCAAUCCUCUGAUUGUGGUCAGAAAAUAGCAACAACACCCGAGUGUUCCAGCCAGUGGUGUACUGGGGCUGGGGUCACUGCAGGACGCCCUCAAUACCAGCUUUAUGUGCCGGGAGCUGCUUUGGGCUGCAGGGCCAAAACCUCACAUCACUACACUGCUGGGCUGUUCAGUCUGAUGUGUGAACACUGUGUCUUUACAAGGCUUGGGCCCACUCACCACACACUCCAGUGCUACCACACAGAUGCUUAUUGCAAUGACGUCAUGGGCCCAAUUACUCACAGUUAGGUCAUUUUUCUCCAUCUACUCCACGUCAAGAUUUAUAAAUAUGUUCUGAAACUGCAUUGUCUUAAAGAGUAAAAUGAGUGGAGGGUUGUCAUUGGUGCUCAAUGCAGAUGACUAGUGAGCUCUGGGAAUUCUUAAUGUUAUUUUGUCCUUUGACCAUGUGAGUCACUGGGACCUGAACGGUUGAUAUUACUGGUACAUAUGUGUCAUUAGUUUGACCCUUAACCCAUAACCUCUACAGACUUACAUUGGCCCUGUGCUCAUCUCUGUUAACCCGUUCAAGCAGAUGCCAUACUUUGGGGACAAGGAAGUGGAGAUGUAUCAGGGCGCGGUGAGUAUCCUUUUCUCUUUAGACAGGAGUUUGAGACAGGGUACCAAUAUUUGGGUAAAAUUACAACUCUGCUAUCAAUGUAUUCAACUUGUAUCCUAAUUGUUUGCACAACGUCACCUCAUACCUCAUAGCAGCUUAGAGUAAUUGUACUUGGAAAAGUUAAGAUAAGUCAUGUUUUUACGAUGAUAACAGUAGAAAGAACAACGUUUGAAAUGAACUGGAUUUAGGUGUGGUUCAAAUACCUUUUCCAGCAGCACCCCUUAGUUGGAGCAGAUGUAGAAACUUGCCUUACCCAUUGAAAAGGCCUGGCAAUACCUUCAGUACAGCCUGUUCAAGUCUGUAUUAUUUUAAGUGUUCUUGGCCAGCGUAGUGAAAGUGGCCUUGGCUGCCAAAUCAGACGUUAACUAUGCUUGAUAAAAACAGUUAGCCCACUGACUUUAUUACUUCAUUACAUGAAUUACUCCUAAUUCUUUACAGUCUUGCCUUUACAGUCAGUUUUCCACUUAGGACCAAGAACAUCGACCCACACAGUUUUUUACGAGAUAUUCUUAGAUCCUGAUCUCUGUUGAACCCCCAGGCCCAGUAUGAGAACCCUCCUCACAUCUACGCCCUGGCAGACAACAUGUACAGAAACAUGAUGAUCGACAGGGAGAACCAGUGUGUCAUCAUCAGGUGAGUCUGCCUGCCUGCUUGUCUCGUUAUGAUGUCUCAGCCACCUCCUCUCCCUUUCAGUGUUUGUGUAUGGGGAGAAAGGCUGACAACCAUAACAACAGAGCUGGUAUGUGGAAAAUGCCUGUGAAUGAGGGAGAAGUCGAGAGGGAGGGAGGGGUAGGGGGAGACUGCAUGGUGACACAGGUGGAAGAGUGCUGCUGUUGAAUAUGAUGAUAAUAGAUGGGAAGGGGAACAAACAGACCCAACAGGAUCCACCACCUGACUGGGAGGAGUGCUGCUGACUGACAGUGCCCUGCUCAGUCUGGGUUCGUCAACCAGAGUCUUAAUCCGUAUAUCACAGCCUGCUGGGAAAGGCAGACUGGGAAAAUACACCUCAAGUCAAAAUAUAUGGCCUCAAGGCUCUUUUCUUGUGGCAGCUGGUUGAUUUUAGAAAAAAUUAUCAGGAUGUGGAAUGAAAACAAAACACAGCAUCUAUUUAUGCAUUAGCUUCCUGCUUUUAUAAAACAGGAAUUGCACCUGCAUAGUACUUUGUGGCCCAUGCAUGGGUCCUCUCUCACGGAAAGGGGAGGAACUGUUCCUCUGCUGUUAUGGAUUGAGAGCGGAGGAGUAGUGACAAUUAACACAUUUGGGAGUUACACUCGGAUAUGGAUUAUUCGCCUCAGACAGAAAGAGGAUCACAAGACUGUUUGAAAACUUAAUGGACUCUUUGGCCAUGCCCCAAAUACAGCUUCCUUUCCUCUUUAGACCACUCAGCUGAAAAGACAGACAGUUGAAAAUAUGAUUGAACCAAACCAAAGUCGGUCUUACCCAGCAGUGGUCAAGAAGGAAAUGUAAAGUGGCCUAACUGGCCAUUAAAAUGUGUUUGGUCACAGCCCUGGAUUCCUGGAAGCUAGUGGUAGUCCAAAGAUCCUUCCCCCGUGUUUUUGAAGCCUGUAGUGGGUAACGUUACUGUACAAUGGGUUCCCAUGGGAGGAGGCCUCCGAAGGGAAAAGUGCUGUCUCAUAGUUGGGGCUUUAUGCUGUGGGCCAGUCACCUGAGGCCCGGGGCCCGGACGGUUACUGUAGUGCUUACCUCAUGGCGAAUGGCCCAUGGUUCAGCACUUUCAUCCCGUUGUUUAGACAGCCAGCAGCUGCCAGUACAGUUUCCCACAUAAAAGGAAUGGAAGUGGAUUUGUGAUGCACUAGAUCAGCAAACAAAGCCCUCCAUGAAAUUGCUGUCCAGGCAGUGUGGUCAGCAGUGCACUGUGUGGGACCUUUUCCUUUCCCACUUAUUAAAUAAGUAAUUCAACAUGACAUGAGUCAUCUGACGUGGUCAGGUGGUGUUGACUGGGAUUUCUGUCAAUGUCUGACUUCGCCUAUUUUUCUCCACUAAAAUUGUUUAUUUGUAUUUUUUAUUAACUAACUCCGUGAGUGGUUAAAACACAAAUGAUGCCAUAUGAAAUAUUGCAGUGCUUGCGCUUCUACAAACACUGACACUGCAAUAUUUCAAAUCACAUAGCACCAUUUGUGUGCACAGUUUUUACUGUCCAUUUUUACCAAGGCUCUGGCCAGUUUACAGCUCUAUCCCUGGAAGGGUGUCUAACGAGACACUAUAUUCUACCCUCUGCUCAUAAAACAGUUUUCUUUUGCUUAUUAAUGUUACCAUCAUACUGAGUAGAGUAGUCCCUUGGGUCUAGUUCUGCAAAGAAGUGUGUUUUCUCCCCCACUGAUAUGAAAGGCUUGCUAAUGGAUCAUUGUUUCAUGGAAACAAUGACAUGGGAAAUGGAGAAUCCAUCUCAGUUUUCCAGUUGUCACUGUUAAUGGAUGGACCCUUCAGUUGGAGGAAAUGAUGCUAUGCAACAAGUCGAAAAGAAGCCAGACUUCAGUCACACCUCAUCUCUGUGUGUGUGUGCAUGCGGGCCGGCCCAUUUGUUUGUGUCAUACGGUAGUGGCUUGGGAACACAAUGUGCCUAAUCAUACAAAUAUGACAUAACUGGUAUCCAAUGUUCCACAUCAGACUCUGCAUGCAUUCCAUUUCACUCAUAGCUGAUGUCUGUAAUGAUUACUUCAGGUGCUUUCUUUGUCAAGCUGAGCUGUGAGUGACAUCAGUGAGCCCAGUGAUUCAGCGCUGAGUGUAGCACUUUACAGUAAGCCGUCUAUAUAGCCCACGACAUGACUCUCCUUCUGUUCUUGUUUGGCCAAUAAAUGGGAGAGGAAGUCAACAAUGUGUUUAGUAUCUGAGUGCUGUGUAAUUACAACAAUGGGGCACACCCCUCAGGAGGGUAAAAAUAGGACGUGAGUCAAACUCCAGCCCCUAGCCUGCUCCAGCUGAAAAGAACAUGCCUAUAAGUCCACCGUUUACAGAUGUUCUCUUGAGGGUGAAGGUCCUACAAAUGCUUAUUGGCAAAGAUUAGAGGGAACAUUGGAUCACAUUUGGUCACUGUACUGACUGUAUUUUGAGUGCAUUGUAGUGACCAUUACAUCUAGAACUGUUAAAGUUGUUUUGGUUUUGAAUAGCUGUGUAACAAGCUAGACUGAAUACUAUAGAGGAGUCUAGUAUCGGCCUAAGUGAGAUGAAUAAGCAUAUAGAGUUGCUUCGGUGACUUCUUUUGGCUUCCUCUAACGGUCCGCAGCUGGGUCGUCUCAGAAGGGCAAUACCGACAUGACUCCCCUUCAAAAAAUGAAAUAAAAAAACAGACUCCUCUCAUCCACUGCCAAACCACAUAUGUCUAAAUAAGUAUGACCCUGGCGAAGUGGAAGGACAGGAGGAAAAAUACAAGGAGAGGUUGAGGAAAGAGAAGGAAGAAAAAUAAAUGUGACAAAACAGGAUUACCCUUCUAGAGUGCGAGGUUUACUGCUGAGCUGAGUCUGAUUUUGGUUGGCAUAAACCACAGAGAAGGAGAGCUGAGUGAACACAGGACGUGGAGUCUCUGUGGACAGGAAGUGAAAAGAUGGUGUUUCACCUGGUAAUUCUGGAUGUUUGAAAAAAGUUUAUUUGAAGUGAAGAGUUUGGCUCAGCUGGGAGAAUAAGAGGAAGAGCAUUUAGACUGGUUCCAAACUUCUGUUCCUACAACGCACAUUGAUGUGACAAGAAAAAAAGCCAUUGGUCAAAUUGAGAAAUCCCCUCCUUCAGUAGUAGGCCACCUUCAUGCUAAUUGGGGAUAAGAAGAGACCAUAAAGAAGCAUUUUGGUAAACCCCCUCUGACCAUCUUAAAACCAGGCUUAGAGGAGAUUUUCAUGGUGUGUUAUUUAACAUGCUACUGUCUGGUACCAUAAACCUACAACUGCCUUUUCAGCUUCGCAGUUCAGUUGAAUUUCCACAGAGAAAACGUAUACUCAUUAACUUAUUUCCAGAAUUGUGUGUUGCCAAGUGUGCUAAGAGGGACGUCCUCUUGAAUAACAAGGCAAGGCAAGCAGAGUAAUUAUAGCAUCUGGUUACUGGCAGCUUUUAACUGUCAACUGAUACAGUUGACAAAAACGUGGGCAUCCUUGAAUUGUACAUUGUGUUUCAGAGGAGUGCCCUGUUAUAUGCACCCUUCUGACCUCUCUACUUUGUGUUUCAGUGGAGAGAGUGGUGCAGGGAAGACUGUUGCAGCCAAAUACAUCAUGGGCUAUAUCUCCAGAGUGUCUGGAGGAGGACCCAGAGUACAGGUGAGUCCAGAGAAGCUACUUUCAUUUUACACUGUGAAACACAGCUCAACUACAGUUAUGAACAUGUGAUUAAUCUCAGACGAUCACACACACAUCCACUGUCAUUUACAAUGUACCUUAUGACAUCAGUCCAUCCUAAUGACCGGUUGCUGUUUCCUGUCUAAACCUCCCUUUUCCGCACCACCCAAACCAUCUCCUGUUAUCCCUCCCUCCCUCCAAUCUCCUAUUAUCAUUAUCAGUCCAUCAGCAGCCCAUCCAACCCCCAUAUACCCUCCUUCCCAACCCCCACCCCCAGCAGCCAUCUGGCCCCCACACUACUCAGCAGAUGUCCUGUCCCCAAGCCACCCCUCUCCACCAGCCUCCCUGGUAUUAUUGGCCCACUCAAAAGGGCUUGGAAUUUCCAGUCUGUAGGAAUAUAAACUGGAUCACAAGAUGCUUCCACUCAGACGUGAUUGUGAUGGUAGUCAUUUUUUCAGUCUGAUUAGUAUAGUGCUUUUUUCACCCAGGAAUUAUUGUACUUUAGUCAAAGUUUCAAGUUCAAAGCUAAUGUUAGCUAUCACGCUCUCAGUGAGUCUUGUGUAAAAGGGUGUAUGACUAUUUACUGCACAUUUUCCAUUUACAGUGCAUUUGGAAAGUAUUCAGACCCCUUCCCUUUUUCCACAUUUUGUUAUGUUACAGCCUUAUUCUAAAAUUGAUAAAAUAAAAUAUUUUUCUCAUCAAUCUACACACGAUACCCCAUAAUGACAAAGCAAAAACAGGUUUUUGGAAUAUUUUGCUAAUUUAUUACAAAUAAUAUACAUUUGACAGCGAUUACAGCCUCGUCUUCUUGGGUAUGAUGCUACAAGCUUGGCACACCUGUAUUUGGGGAGUUUCUCCCAUUCUUCUCUGCAGAUCCUCUCAAGCUCUGUCAGGUUGGAUGGGGAGCGUUGCUGCACAGCUAUUUUCAGGUCUCUCCAGAGAUGUUCGAUCGGGUUCAAGUCCGGGCUCCACUUGUCCCGAAGUCACUCCUGCAUUGUCUUGGCUGUGUGCUUAGGGUCAUUGUCCUGUUGGAAGGUGAACCUUUGCCCCAGUCUGAGGUCCUGAGCACUCUGGAGCAGGUUUUCAUCAAGGAUCUCUCUGUACUUUGUUCAUCUUUCCCUCGAUCCUGACUAGUCUCCCAGUCUCUAACGCUGAAAAACAUCCCCACAGCAUGAUGCUGCCACCACCAUGCUUCAUCGUAGGGAUGGUAUUGGCCAGGUGAUGAGCGGUGCCUGGUUUCCUCCAGAAGUGACGUUUGGCAUUCAGGCCAAAGAGUUAAAUCUUGUUUCUCAUGGUCUGAGAAUCCUUUAGGUGCCUUUUGGCAAACUCCAAGCGGGCUGUCGUGUGCCUUUUACUGAGGAGUGGCUUCCGUCUGGCCACUCUACCAUAAAGACCUGAUUGGUGGAGUGCUGCAGAGAUGGUUGUCCUUCUGGAAGGUUCUCCCAUCUCCACAGAGGAGCUCUGUCAGCGUGACUAUUGGGUUCUUGGUCACCUCCUGACCAAGGCCCUUCUCCCCCGAUUGCUCAGUUUGGCCGGGCAGCCAGCUCUAGGAAGAGUCUUGGUGGUUCCAUGCUUCUUCCAUUUAAGAAUGAUGGAGGCCACUGUGUUCUUGGGAACCUUCAAUGCUGCAGACAUGUUUUGGUACCCUUCCCCAGAUCUGUGCCUCGACACAAUCCUGUCUCAGAGCUCUACGUUUUUGCUCUGACAUGCACUGUCAACUGUGGGACCUUAUAUAGACAGGUGUGUGCCUUUCCAAAUCAUGUCCAAUCAAUUGAAUUUACCACAGGUGGACUCCAAUCAAGUUGUAGAAACAUCUCAAGGAUGAUCAAUGGAAACAGGAUGCACCGGAGCUCAAUUUCAAGUCUCAUAGCAAAGGGUCUGAAUACUUAUGUAAAUAAGGUAUUUCUGUUUUUUUAAUAAUAGCCAUUUUAGAAUAACGUAACAAAGUGAAGGGUUCUGAAUACUUUCUGAAUGCACUGUACAUGGUUCUGCAUUGUUACUGGCUAUGAGUCUUAUGUGCCUUGCAUCUUUUAAAUCAUUUUAAGAUGUUUGUUGAAGAAUGUGGAAAGUAUCACUAUGGACUUAGAAUACGUCUAUGUGCGGUCUAUGUAGUAUAUUACAGAAAAUUGCCCUUCGAAAUUCUAUUGUUUUAUUGAAUAAGGUCUCCAUUGUGUUGGAAACCCCCUACCUCUCUCAAUACCCUUCCUGCCCCAUUUAGCUUUGUCCAAUCCCUCUGUCCCCAUGUCUCAUUCACAUGGUCUCCCAACUCCUGUGUGCAUGUGGGUUGUGUAAGUGCUUGUGGAAUGUGUGUGGGUGGGGGGGGGGGGUAAUGUUUUGUGAGUGACUGUCACUUCACUACCCCUGUCUACUCAAACAGACAGACUUCUCACCUGACAUGAAAAUCGAUGUUAGUGACAGACACAGUAUGUGUUUUUAACCUAGGAAUUGUAAGUGUUUUGAAGUCUCAGGUGGCUCUCACAGAGCUGUUUGAUUAGUGUCAUAAAUAUGUAAGGUUUAACUGAGCCCUGGGGUAAGUACAACAAUCUGUUAUAGUAGAACCACCAUGACACUAAGGUUUUUUCUUCAUAGAGGACAAUAGUUCAGGGACGCAAAAGGAUUCCAAGAAAUCCUACCACUCCACUUCAGCAUUCAGUAAUAGAGGGGAUAAAUAGUUCUGUCUCCACGACGCUGUGCUGAUUUUAAAACUCAUGGUCUCCUGAUAUGCAGAUGGCUCAUGGGAAAGAUAAUGUGCUCCAGACGCUAUGAGAGCGGAGCAACGGUGGAAAGUUCCAAAGGGUGCAUGUUGAUCUGCCAGCAUGGAUGUGGAUAACUGCAGAGUGUAGUAGUGUCUCCCUACCCACUAUCUCUAUACCCUACCUGUCAGUCACUAAAACGAGCCUACUGUCUGUCUGCUCCCUCACAGCACGUCAAAGACAUCAUCCUCCAGUCCAACCCCCUCCUGGAGGCCUUCGGGAACGCCAAGACAGUGAGGAACAACAACUCCAGCAGAUUUGUAAGGGUCCCACGUCUUUCCAAAUCUCUUUUUUUAUUAGCGGAAUGGGGGCGCCUAACAUCAUAUGGUUGGCACUGUGUUCUGCCCUGGAUUGAUUUGAAACUGCUUCACAGUCGUUUCCGGAACCAAAGAAAACACAAGGACGUCCAGUGCAAAUGGAGAAGAGAAAAAAAGGAGAUAGUGAAUUACAGUGUGCUCCACUUUUUAUAAGCCGUGUUACUGCCUUCUCCCGUCUCCUCUUGGCUGGGGAUGCUAGCCUCAAGUGUGGCCUCAAGUGUGGGCUGUGGGGACACACUGGACAGAAAGAGUGGGCACUCCACUGCCAGUAAAGAUGCAGAUAGAAAGACACAUACUAUACUUUAAAGACAGUUAGUUAGCUUGGAAAGAGGUUUAAAGGCAGACUUUAGUGCUCUCUAAAGCCAGUUUACCCACUUACAGCAUUCACAACAGAGCUUAGUGGUAAGUAUUGUAUUCAGGUUGACAGACAAGGCAGUAUUGUCUCUGUUCUUAGUUUUCCUGGUUUAGUUUGGGGAAAGUAAAUGAGGUUUGACACAUGGUCUGAGAAAUGGUUGAGGUAGUCUCCCUGUAUGAAUAGUGUCUGUGUCUCAGUGCACUCUGGGGCUUCAGACAGGCUAGGAAUGGGAUAGACAUUACAGAGGACUGACCUGUCUGGAGAAAAGAGGGAAAGAGCGAGGGAGAGAGAGAAAGGGGUCAAGCCUCAGGACACACACACCACUGGGCUGCAGGUGUGCACCCUAAGUACAACCUGUGUGAUGGUUGUUAUUUCCUGCUCGGAGAGCUCUGGGUUUCAGCUGAUACUAAAGCGCCACACUCUCCUCCUUCAGGGGAAAUACUUUGAGAUCCAGUUCAGCUCCGGCGGCGAGCCAGAUGGAGGGAAAAUCUCCAACUUCCUGUUGGAGAAAUCGCGCGUCGUCAUGAGGAAUCCUGGAGAGAGGAGCUUCCAUAUAUUCUAUCAGGUGAGGGACUCUGGUAACAUGGUGUGUUUUUAUCAUUUUCCUGUUUAAUAAGAGUGUUUAUGUGCAUUUUAGAACUGGGGAAAUGUGGACAGGAAUUGUCUCACAGUGUCCAUGAGUGAAAUUCAGCCUUCAGGACACUAACAGUAACAAGUGCCAUUUGGCUCGUGAAAGCAGGUUGAGUUGUUCUCACUGUGUACCGCUUGAGGUCUCUGGAAGAGAGGUCCCAUAAUGCCACUUUCUUGACACAUGAAAGGAGAAUAAAGCAUAUAACUCUAAAUUGGGUGGAAAACGUGUGGUGCUGGUCACUUAAUGAGCAUGCGUGUAUGGUGCUGACUGUCUAAAAGACUUCUGACAUGUAGAAAUGUGAGGAAAGGCAAUGCGAGUUCACAGGUUGAAAGCUCCUGUAGACCUUUGAGUCUAGAAUGACUGUAUACAGGUUCUUACUCUUACUUGACAGUAGUGUAAUCAUCUAACACUGUCUUCUGUUUGUGCAGUUGAUAGAGGGAGCCACUGGAGAACAGAAGAGCAGCCUCGGAAUCACAAGCCUAGAUUACUACAAUUACCUCAAUCAGUCUGGGUCCUACAAAGUGGAUGACAUCAACGACAAAAGCGAUUUUCAGGAAACUGUGGUACGUUUACUUGGGAUCAUUGUUAUGGUUCUCUCUCUCUCUUUGCCUUUCUUUCUCUUUUUCUCAGUCUCUCUUCCAUUCUCCUCUGUUUUGCAUUCUGUACCCUGUACUCCACAUGUUUUUGUUUUACCAGUGAAACCACAACAGGAGUAAUUAGAGGACGUGGUUUGGGUACCACAGCAGUAAGUAAACACACGUUUCAGCCCUGGGUUCAUGUCUCCUGUUCUGUCUCUGUUCUCUACCAGCAUGCCAUGGAGGUGAUUGGCAUCUCAGGGGAGGACCGUGGCCUGGUGCUGCAGAUCGUAGCCGGAGUCCUGCACCUUGGGAACAUCAACUUCAGGGAAGCAGGGAACUACGCCGCCGUUGAGAGCGAGGAGUGUACGUACCUACCCUCGUAACUUUGUUUAUGUAGAGGGCUAGGUAGAGCUUGUUGCUUGCACCAAUCCAGUCCUUUCACGUCUGCGAGGGGAGUCAACAGGGAGUGGGAAGGGAGAAAGUGGUCAUGUUAGACUGUCUCUGUGUGUCUCCAGCCUGCAGAUUGGCAUGUCCUGCUGGUGUUCCUCUCCAAUGUCCUGGGCUGCCCUUUAUGGGACGGUUAGGUUAGGAAGCACAUUUCUCAGCACGCUGCGCUGACUGUUUUCACUCCCCAAAGCUUCAUUGUGUUAAUGCAGGGCUGCAGCCAAGCUCCAGGCCACGCUGAAUUACCAGAGCGUAUUACAUCACAGACUAAAAUUACCCAGAGAAAUGCAGCCUCUUCCUGCCCCACCCCUUCUCUCCCCCUGCCCCUCUCUUCCCAUUCCUCCCUCCCUCCUUCUCUACAUCUCCUUGCCUGCCUCACAGCCACCCAUCCAGGCUGAAUGAUGCAAUUUAGCCCCUCUGGUUAGCCAGGGUACAAAGCGGCGUUGUAUAGAGUCAGACGUUGUGUAGAGUCUCUGCGUUUCCUCUCCCCCCGUCAUUAAUUAAUUCAAAUUAGAAUUAAAUACAUAAAUGUGUAAUUAAAUGUAUCAUUAAUUAAUUCAAAUACCGAUUCAUUUUAUGUAAAAUACAUAUAUAAUUAUUUCACUAUUUACAUUUACAUUUCAUGAUCCUGCAUUGCAGUGAAUCAUGAAUUACUUAAAACUGUCAAACUGACCCAUCAAAGUCAGUGGGCGGGCUAACGCGAAUCUAGUCUGAUCCAUUGCUUUGGUCUGAAGUAGAGUAGGCCAACCUGGAUAGAGACAAUGGAGGAUCUCCGUGAACUUUCCAGGGAGUUGGUUAGAGACAUUUUAAACUUAGCAGAGGAUGUAGAAGCAGGACCUGCUGACAUUAUCCGGAAUUGAUUUGUCUUGGCUUGAUGCAGAGGGUAACCAAUCAGGCGUUAGGUUCCGCCUACCAACUUUUGAUGGGUCAGUUUGACAGUUUUAAGUAAUUCAGGAAGCACUCCAACGCAGGACCAUGAAAUGUAAAUGUAAAUAGUGAAAUUAUUAUAUAUGUAUUUUACAUAAAAUGAAUCGGUAUUUGAAUUAAUUAAUGACACAUGUAAUAACACAUUUAUGUAUUUAAUUCUAAUUUUAAUUAAUUAAUGACACAUUUAAGUAAUUAUUUAAUGGUGUAUUUAUUUAUUUAAUUGUGGCACUUUUAGUCCUCCAUAGUCUAAGGCACUGCAUCGCAGUGCUAACUGUGCCACUAGAGAUCCUGGUUCGAAUCCAGGCUCUGUCGCAGCCGGCCGCGACCGGGAGACUCAUGGGCGGCGCACAAUUGGCCCAGCGUCGUCCAGGGUAGGGGAGGGAAUGGCCGGCAGGGAUGUAGCUCAGUUGAUAGAGCAUGGCGUUUGCAACGCCAGGGUUGUGGGUUCGAUUCCCACAGGGGGCCAGUAUAAAAAAAUAUAUAUAUAUAUAUAUGUAUUCACUAACUGUAAGUCGCUCUGGAUAAGAGCGUCUGCUAAAUGACUAAAAUGUAAAUGUAAAUGUAAGACCCCUGGUGCCCCAUAUAAAACCACACCAACACAAGUCCACAUAAACAUCUGCUCACGCUCAGCCAAACAAAUCCCUGCCUCAGAUCCACGAGAAAGAACACUCCCUUGUACUGUACAUAUGAACCUCUAACCAUCCAUCAGACUGGUAUGGAUCGUUAUUUUGGGUAUAGAUGAACUGGCUGCUUGUCAUUGAUGCUAUCUAUAUCCUCUUUGAGGAAGAGUGCAUUGGCAGGCUACAAUAGGAGAUGCAGCACGGUCCUGAGGAUAGACUUGGCCUGUGCUGUGGUAUGGAGUACAGUCGGUCACACCCUCAUUUCCCAAAUGGGGGCUAUUUGAUCCAUCUGAUGCAUUCUCAGACACCGUCAGGCCAGAGUCAGACCCAGAGGCUGAGAGCAGUUUCCUUCUUGGGGAAGUGACUCAGUGUAAUGAGGCAGGGAGGGGCUCUCAGGAGAGCCCUAAUGGCCCUCUUCAUGCUCAGGCCUCUGCUAGGAGAACCCAUUUGUUGUGGCUAUGGCAGGGAAGAGGGAGCAAUGAGUCAUCACCAGACUUGAUUGCAUUCUGUUUUGUUAUUGAACCCUUUGUUUUGUUGUAUCCAACGUCUUCAGAAUGUACUGGUGUUUUGUUUCAUGAGGAGGGCGUGUGCCACACGUCUGUAGAAUGUCUCUUAGUCUCUCUUUCUUCAUUCUCUCUCGUCUCUCUCUCUGCAGUCCUGGCCUUCCCUGCGUUUCUGCUGGGGAUUGACCAGAAGCGGCUGAAGGAGAAGUUGACCAGCAGGAAGAUGGACAGCAAGUGGGGCAGUUCCAUGGAGUCCAUCGAUGUGACACUGAAUGUGGAGCAGGCGUGUUACACACGGGACGCCCUGUCCAAGGCCCUGCACUCACGAGUCUUUGACUUCCUAGUGGAGGUAUGAAUGGAUACUCCUUCUCCAUGACCUGUUGACCUUUAGAAUAAUACCCGGUCCUCUCCCCUCUUAAAUGGCCAAAUGUAACAAAGCAUUUUUUGUUUGUUUCAGUCCAUCAACAAAGCCAUCGUGAAGGUUCAUCAGGAGUUUAAUAUUGGCGUGUUGGAUAUCUAUGGAUUUGAAAUAUUCCAAGUAAGUUUUAUGUACAUUUGCCCUUUUAUGUUUUGUGAUUUACAUAUGGAAAUCAUAACAUAAGGUGAUACAUGGUCACUACAUCUCAAUAAUCAUAGUAAAGUUUGGGUAGUUAAACAGCUUAAAGACAGAGGAUCAGACCGAUUUUGUAAAGUGUCCGGAUUAUGUCCCAUCUCUUGAUUGGGACAACAGUCUUUAAUGGACCUUUCUAAUCUGAUUAGCUGUUUGUUUAGGUUGCAUUAUUUGGGGGUCUCAGUGAUGCCCCCUGAAAAGGACUGUCCUUGAUUAAAUAAUGAAAUGGGACAGCUUCAGUAUCAUAGCGUGGCUCCAGUGUUAAACCAUGAUGAACGUGUCCUCUGAUACCUAACAGGACCUAAUGUUAAGUUGUAUGUUUAGAUCGCAUACAACUGUUAUCUAAACAGUUUGGUUGGGUGAGAUCCAGUUUGUCCAUCCACAGUCCUUAUGUUAAUACACAGGCCUAUUAUUAACGAAGCACAGAGAAAUUAAACCUCCUGUGUUAGUGCUCAGAGGGCCUGACAAGGGAAACAGUGGGUUUCUUUAGAUAACACCAUAGUUCCCAGGUCCAUUGUGGUGUAAAGUAUUAUGUAGAUGUUUCCUCCAGCCAUGCCAGGCUGACUGGUAAAUAACCUCUCCUCAUAAACAGGGCCCAUUCAGGAAGCCCAGAGGAUAUCCCGGUCUCUCUGUGGCCAUAUGGAUGACUUAACUCUCACAGCCUCUCUGGUUUAUCACUAAUACAUCAUCUCUUCUUGUGUAGAAAAAUGGCUUUGAGCAGUUUUGCAUCAACUUUGUGAAUGAGAAACUGCAACAGAUCUUCAUUGAGCUCACACUUAAAGCUGAGCAGGUAAUAUUUUGGGCUUUUCACUCAUUGUUCUCACACCUUUUCACCAGCAGAAGCUACUUUUCUCAUGUUUAAGUAGCGAAUCAUCGUCUGACCAAUCACUCUCCUCCCCCCUCUCUCUCUAGGAGGAGUAUGUACAAGAAGGCAUCCGGUGGACUCCUAUCGAAUACUUUAACAACAAGAUCGUCUGCGAUCUCAUUGAGAGCAAACUGGUAAGCACAGAGUCCCCAGUGCUAAAGGGAAAUAUAUAUUUUUAAAGGAUGUAUGUGUAUGUGUGUGUAUAUGUAUGUAUAUAUACAUAUAUAUAUAUGCGAGAAAAAAAACAUAUGGGGGAUUGGAAGUGAUGCAGACAAUUACAUUGAUGGAAGUUACAAUCUAUCUGCAAUAUUAAAGCUGAUCUACCCCCUGGAAAAAACAAAAAAUAAUAAUAAUAAUUUACAAGAGCUGCAUUUCCACUGGUGACAGAAACCUGUGUUCUCUCUUUGUGACUUUGCCACAUCUAAAGAGCCAGAGACACUGCAACUACUGUCCCCAGUGAAGGCCACUGGCCGCCGUGUCCAUGGACACCGUGUGGAGCCAGAUAGGGCAGCAGUUGUGUGUGUGUGUGUGUUGUGAUGACAUCAUUCAGUGUGUGGGUGUGUGAUGUUCUGGGAUGCAAUGUGGUAGCUAAUUCUGAAUUGGCUCUGCUGUUAUGCUUCGAGCUGGUCGAGUACACAAACAAAUAAACCAGGUUCAUCACUUUAGUCUAUCCAUGACAUUGAUGGAUAGAAAGUUGGCAUUGUCAGUUAUAAUCAAGAUGGUCAUAGGGGGCAUGUUAAUGUUUUAGAUCUAAUAUCUUGGCUGAGGUUGUUCUCUGUGCUCAUCUCUUUGGUUCUACUCCCAGAACCCCCCUGGCAUCAUGAGCAUCCUGGAUGACGUGUGUGCCACCAUGCAUGCGGUGGGCGAGGGGGCAGACCAGACCAUGCUGCAGAAGCUAAGGGUGGCCAUCAACUCCCAUGAACACUUCAACAGCUGGAACCAAGGCUUCAUCAUCCACCACUACGCUGGCAAGGUCGGCAACACUGCAGUAUACCUCUCUCUCCUCUCCUCUCCUCUCCUUAUCCCUCUCUCCUCUCUUGCCUUGUCUCUCCCCCUAUCUUUCUCUCAUUCUGUCUUUCACACCGUUGUGCUCUUUCUUCUUCUCAUACCGUCUCUCUCUUUUUCCAGUCCUUUUCUCACUGCCUUUAUCCAUUUCUCUCACCCUUUCAUUCUCAUGGUCUGUGCUGUGUUUGUUCCAUCUACUGCUUCAGAUGUGUUUGGGUCUCAGCCUGGUACACUCUACAUGCCACAGGCCUAAUGAGCCAUGGCAUAAAGGCUUGGAGGGGUCCCAAGCCAUCAUGGCUUAGAACAGUCCUACAGUACCACCCCAGUGGCAAUAACGAUGAUCUAUACACACUAUGUAUAUGAAGCUGUAGUUGGGAAGCAAGCUUAAAAGUUGAACAUUGAUUAGUGGUCUUGGUGCCCUGACUUGUUUCCCCGUGUAGCUCUGUUGGUAGAGCAUGGUGCUUGCAAUGCCAGGGUUGUGGGUUCGAUUCCCAUGGCGUACCAGUAUGAAAAAAGUGUAAACAUGUAAAUGUCUUGCAGAGAACAUGUCAUCAACCGAUUCUCUUUUGUCAAUUAAUUAUUUGUUAUUAACAUUCUCUCAGUUCAUUUUGAUUGGGCACCUGGACUGAGCUGAGGGUACUAACUGCUAUCUGAAUGGGUUAACUGUGUGCUGUGAUCAUCACUAACCCUCUAACAUCUCUCCUCCAGGUGUCCUACGAUGCAGAGGGCUUCUGUGAGAGGAACCGUGACGUCCUCUUCAGUGACCUCAUCGAGUUGAUGCAAAGCAGUGAAAUGUAAGUCAUUCAUCACUUAUGCAAGCAUUAGAGAGCAUAUGCGGCUGCCUGUUCUUUCUGAGACCGGGCUGAGCAUUUUGUUUAGAAAUCCACAAAGAGAGAUCUUCUAUUAUGAUGUAUAUGAAUGGAUGUAUCUGAAUGAGACUUGCAGAUUACUAGUGCAGCUGGAAAAGGCAGUACAAUAGGAGUGUGCUGGGGGUGCUCUCCCCUGUCUGUCUGCCCCUCUCUAGAGCUGUGUUUUGGGGGUUUGCUCAUGACUUUUCAGGUCUGGAGAGUGUCUCACAGUCUCGCUAGGGAGCCACAUUGAGGAGUAGACUCCCCUGCCCGUCUUGUGCGUUCCUGGGCCUCCUUUGAGCCGCCAGUGGCCAUCUGUGCAAACAGCCCCAACAGCCUCUAAAGCCCUUUUGUGUGUAGCCUGCAGGGGGGCUGCAGGGUGGGCCACGCAAAGACCCCAAGACCCCAUUCAGACACGUGCUCCCCCCCCCCCCCACACACACACACACUUAUAGACACACAGACACAAACGUGUGGAGGGAAAGAAGCCUCAUUCCUUAGCUCAGCAGGUCUGCUCAGAGAAGAAAGAAAAUAUAAUUAUAGUCAGCUGGACAUUGUUAGCGUGCUGCUGGUCCAUCUGCACACACAAAGCCCACUGAUCCACCCUUAUGUCCCCAUGGCCUUGAUUAAAAAGUUUAAGACCAGACAAAUACUCAUGCAGGGAAGAUGGUAGCUCUUAUGUGUAAACGUUUGCACAUUUUUUGUCCUGAAAGGCCCUGUAUUUGUUUCUACUUGACUAGUAAGUUUGUCAACAACAAAUAAAUAAUUCCUCAAGCAGUAGAUUUCUUGAACUUGAACCUUGUUAGUUGUUAUUUACAACAGGUUUAUUUGAGAACUGCAAAAUGAGCACUUUGAGCACUUCAAGUGAUAAACAGAAAGGUUGAGAUCAGAACUGUUAAGAGGUUCCUGAGGUUCUGGAAUGCUGGCAACUAUGUGCUACAUUCUGACCAGCACACAUCCAUCAUGGGUUUAGAGACCAUGUUGUGAGUGAGGACAUUGACUAGCAUGAUUUAAAACGAAUGAGAAAAUACCAUAUUUGCUGGUAUAACUUUCCAGUCACAGUUCAAUAAAAAUGCACAUUUUCGAGGAAGUGAAAGUCAGUUUGGCAGGAGAGCAGAUAAAAACCACAAUUAUUCAAACUCCAGCUCAGUCCACUGAAGCUAAACAACAAUGUGAAUUGAGUCACUGGCAGCCAGCUCAGAGAUUCCACAGACCAGAGUUUGCUGCUUCUAAGAAAAGUGGAAAACAGUCCUAGCCUGGUCUUCUAUACACGUUGCCAAUGUUGUCUAUCAGUCCUUAUUAUACUCUGUGUCUGGUUCUCCUCUACAGAGCUUUCAUCAGGGCCCUGUUUCCAGAUAACCUCAACACUGAAAAGAAAGGCCGGCCGACGACAGCGGGCAGUAAAAUCAAGGUGUGUUGAGCAGCUGUGAGACGUGUUUGUACGCCGUACAUCUGUGACAUGGGUAUAUCAAUGGGCCACGCGCCUACUUGCCCUUAUCACUCUCUGUCAGGUGCAAGUCCAGAGCCUGCGGAUGAAAAGCUCAUUCACUCCAGUGUUGUUUGAGUGUCGUCUCUAUGUAGUUCUAGUGAUGACAGUUUUAAUCAGGGACGUGGUGCCAGGUUCUCUCUCUGACACCCAUCAGUAUCUCUCAAGCACAAAGAUACCACCUUGUAAUCAGUCUCGUCAGUGCUGUGUCCCUGAACACUACAGCUUGGAGUACAAACAGUGAUUCAACAACAACAUCUAGAUACAGUUGAUAUGUUUUAAACACAAACUAUUCUUCCUCCUCUUCUUCCUUCUCCGUUCAGAAACAAGCGAAUGACCUGGUCCAGACGCUGAUGAAGUGCACCCCUCACUACAUCCGCUGCAUCAAACCCAAUGAGACCAAGAAGCCCAAGGACUGGGAGGAGAGCCGGUGAGUGUCUGAACACUGAAAUGUCAGGGAACUGCAAAAUACAUAGUUUUUGAGAUGUGUGUGAAAGUGUCAAACUAAACUGGUUUUUAUUACAUAAUUUACAGUCCGUUCUGGAGAUUGUCAAAUGAUAUUGAGCAGGAUAUCACAUUACUCAACUCAAUGUUGUUAGGUCUGCUUGUUGAAUCACUCACUGGUAUUGUAUUUAGUCCCUGUUCUGGCCUCUUUAAGACUGUGUGAUGGAGGAAGUCUCUGAGACACUCUUACUCUUACUCCCUCUGUUUUUCCUUCCCGCUCUUUUUUCCCUGGCUGGGUACGAGAUGUACUGAUGCAGGGGGCUGUAUUGUUCAGGCCUAAUGGCCUUCCUGUUGUGAGCAGCAGUGAGCUGGGCUCAGGCUCAGGUUGGAAUGCCUAAUUAGCACCGGAACUGCCGUUUUCACAGGAAGCCUGGGUGCAUAAAGAGAUUCCUUAGUUCCUUAUUUUAUAGCCCCACCAUAAGUUUCAAUAUAAAAUAUAAUUGAUCUAUUUAGAUGUAUCUUAGAAAUGGAAGUAGAUAGAUGUGCUGACAGAUGAACGUUUUCACCAAUAUAUCUUUGUGGUGAAGGGUUGGUUGAGGCAUCUGACCAACCUUCUUCCUACAUCCCAGCCAGACUGACCCUGUAUUCCCCUCUCUCUCUUCUUUCCUCAGGGUAAAGCACCAAGUGGAGUACCUGGGCCUGAAGGAGAACAUCAGGGUGAGGCGUGCUGGCUACGCCUAUCGCAGAGUCUUCAGGAAGUUCCUCAACAGGUAAGGCCCUUCCUUCUGGGGGAAGAGUGGCAUAAAGGAAUGAAUUAAUUCUACACUUUCAGUGUAUGAGUCACUUUCAUGUGACACUAUCUGCCCUGCCCUCCCAGAAUAAGGACAGCGGUAAGUUUUGUAUACCCAUAUCCCAGUCAGCAGCAUAGGGUAGGGCGGCCUCUCUCUCAUCUCUCUCAGGAAAAGGAUAUGCAGGCAAUCAGGAAGUGCUCACUUUGCUAAUGUUAGUUUUGGCAGGGUCGAGGGCCUGCUGAUGAGAACCACUGCUAUAGAACACAGGGAGAGCUCAGGGCUUCUGUUGUAGGCUUUACUGUAUCAUACGCAUAUGAGAGUCGUCAAAAAAGCACUGCUGAGUUUAGAGUUUGGUUAUUCUAUUGUUAGACUUGUGGUGUGGCAGUGCUAGCUGUGCCACUAGAGAUCCUGGUUCGAAUCCAGGCUCUGUCGUAGCCGGCCGUGACCAGGAGACCCAUGGGGCAGCGCGCAAUUGGCCCAGCGUCGUCCAGGGUAGGGGAGGGAAUGGCCGGCAGGGAUGUAGCUCAGUUGAUAGAGCAUGGCGUUUGCAACGCUAGGGUUGUGGGUUCGAUUCCCACAGGGGGUAUGAAAAAAAAUAAUGUAAGUCGCUCUGGAUAAGAGCGUCUGCUAAAUGACGUAAAAUGUAAAAAAAAUGUAAAUGUGUGGUGAAUGUAUUUUCUUAAUGCGCCCCAGGCCUCUUUCCCCCUCCCUUGCAUCAUAUAGGGCAGGUAUAGCAAUAGCAUACCGCUCCUUAAUGCCUAGCAUAGGCCUUACAUUGCUCAUACGCUUAACAUAUACAAUCCCUCGCAAAUGCUGCAACAACAUUUCCAAAAUUCAAAAUGAGGGUUUGGUUGUGGAUAUUCUCUCUCUCUCUCUCUCUCUCUCUCUCUCUCUCUCUCUCUCUCUCUCUCUCUCUCCUGCCCUCUCUCUCCUGCCCUCUUUGUCUUCAUGUAAUUAUCUCUCUCCCCCUCAUUAUGUUCCUCAGGUAUGCCAUCCUGACUAAGGAGUCGUGGCCUACAUGGUGUGGAGAUGAGAAGCAGGGUGUUCUUCAUCUCCUACGUGCGGUCAACAUGGACCAGGACCAGUUCCAGCUUGGACGCACAAAGGUCUUCAUCAAAGCUCCUGAGUCGGUAAGACCACCCCCCUCUGACCUGCCUGCAUACAGUUAGACCACCCCCCUCUGACCUGCCUACAUACAGUUAGACCACCCCCCUCUGACCUGCCUACAUACAGUUAGACCACCCCCCUCUGACCUGCCUACAUACAGUUAGACCACCCCCCUCUGACCUGCCUGCAUACAGUUAGACCACCCCCCUCUGACCUGCCUACAUACAGUUAGACCACCCCCCUCUGACCUGCCUGCAUACAGUUAGAGCACCCCCCUCUGACCUGCCUACAUACAGUUAGACCACCCCCCUCUGACCUGCCUGCAUACAGUUAGACCACCCCCCUCUGACCUGCCUGCAUACAGUUAGACCACCCCCCUCUGACCUGCCUGCAUACAGUUAGACCACCCCCCUCUGACCUGCCUACAAACAGUUAGACCACCCCCCUCUGACCUGCCUGCAUACAGUUAGACCACCCCCCUCUGACCUGCCUGCAUACAGUUAGACCACCCCCCUCUGACCUGCCUACAUACAGUUAGACCACCCCCUCUGACCUGCCUACAUACAGUUAGACCACCCCCCUCUGACCUGCCUACAUACAGUUAGACCACCCCCUCUGACCUGCCUACAUACAGUUAGACCACCCCCCUCUGACCUGCCCACAUACAGUUAGACCACCCCUCUCUCUGACCUGCCUACAUACAGUUAGACCACCCCUCUCUCUGACCUGCCUACAUACAGUUAGACCACCCCUCUCUCUGACCUGCCUACAUACAGUUAGACCACCCCUCUCUCUGACCUGCCUACAUACAGUUAGACCACCCCUCUCUCUGACCUGCCUACAUACAGUUAGACCACCCCCCUCUGACCUGCCUACAUACAGUUAGACCACCCCCCUCUGACCUGCCUGCAUACAGUUAGACCACCCCCCUCUGACCUGCCUACAUACAAUUAGACCACCCCUCUCUCUGACCUGCCUACAUACAGUUAGACCACCCCUCUCUCUGACCUGCCUACAUACAGUUAGACCACCCCUCUCUCUGACCUGCCUACAUACAGUUAGACCACCCCUCUCUCUGACCUGCCUACAUACAGUUAGACCACCCCUCUCUCUGACCUGCCUACAUACAGUUAGACCACCCCCCUCUAACCAACCUGCCUGCAUACAGUUAGACCACCUCCCUCUAACCAACCUGCCUGCAUACAGUUAGACCACCCCUCUCUCUGACCUGCCUACAUACAGUUAGACCACCCCUCUCUCUGACCUGCCUACAUACAGUUAGACCACCCCUCUCUCUGACCUGCGUACAUACAGUUAGACCGCCCCUCUCUCUGACCUGCCUACAUACAGUUAGACCAACCCUCUCUCUGACCUGCCUACAUACAGUUAGACCACCCCCCUCUGACCUGCCUACAUACAGUUAGACCACCCCCCUCUGACCUGCCUACAUACAGUUAGACCACCCCCCUCUAACCAACCUGCCUGCAUACAGUUAGACCACCCCUCUCUCUGACCUGCCUACAUACAGUUAGACCACCCCUCUCUCUGACCUGCCUACAUACAGUUAGACCACCCCUCUCUCUGACCUGCCUACAUACAGUUAGACCACCCCCCUCUGACCUGCCUACAUACAGUUAGACCACCCCCCUCUGACCUGCCUACAUACAGUUAGACCACCCCCCUCUGACCUGCCUACAUACAGUUAGACCACCCCCCUCUGACCUGCCCACAUACAGUUAGACCACCCCUCUCUCUGACCUGCCUACAUACAGUUAGACCACCCCUCUCUCUGACCUGCCUACAUACAGUUAGACCACCCCUCUCUCUGACCUGCCUACAUACAGUUAGACCACCCCUCUCUCUGACCUGCCUACAUACAGUUAGACCACCCCUCUCUCUGACCUGCCUACAUACAGUUAGACCACCCCCCUCUGACCUGCCUACAUACAGUUAGACCACCCCUCUCUCCGACCUGCGUACAUACAGUUAGACCACCCCUCUCUCUGACCUGCCCACAUACAGUUAGACCACCCCUCUCUCUGACCUGCCUACAUACAGUUAGACCACCCCUCUCUCUGACCUGCCUACAUACAGUUAGACCACCCCUCUCUCUGACCUGCCUACAUACAGUUAGACCACCCCUCUCUCUGACCUGCCUACAUACAGUUAGACCACCCCUCUCUCUGACCUGCCUACAUACAGUUAGACCACCCCUCUCUCUGACCUGCCUACAUACAGUUAGACCACCCCUCUCUCCGACCUGCGUACAUACAGUUAGACCGCCCCUCUCUCUGACCUGCACACGUACUGUGAAUAUGUACUGUACGCCAGCCUCUUCCAGUAAGUAUACAUUCAAGUAACCCAUUCCAUAAAACUGUACCACCAACCUGCCUUCGUCCAAUGAAAAUACCACCUACCUAACUUUUUUCUAAUAGGUUAGAACAGGCGUAGAAUUAGACCUCUCAUAGGCUACAGGCUGCCAUGGUGUCGUUGACAUGUGCGUUGGCAUGCAAUAAUUCUGUUGUCAGGGAGAGAAAAAUCCAAGACUCAACACCAUAAAAGGUACUAGUAUGCAGGAACAUGUCAGGAUGUCUGUGAUUGGGGAGCAGGAAGGAGGGGGUUAGACCCAGCUCUGGUGCCCAUGUCAGAGCUGUUGAGUCAACACUACACUGAAACUCAUACACAAGUGCGAGGCUGUGGUCAAGGAGGUGGUGGGACAUUGGAAGGUGUUUUUUCCACCAUAACUGCACUUUUUUUCACUGCUCCAAUGAAAGCCGUGCUUGUGGCUAGCCUGUGAGAUCACUUAUUGACAUCUGUACACGCAUACAUGAAGAUACAUUACAUAGUCCUGAAUCAGGCCUUGUGUGAUUGCAGCAGCAGACUGCCAAGCUCCCCAUCCCCCCUCCCCCCACAUUGCCCUCCUGAGCCCAUGUGACUGAGGUGUGCUUAUGAAACACAAAUAUCACACAGGGGCGGCCCCUGCGAUUACCCAGCCGCCAGGCUUCUCAAAACAAACCUCCCUCUCUGAUAAGGCGCUGACACAAAGUCAUUAGUUCAUGGCUAAAGCAUUUUUUUUCUCUUCAUGCAAUUAGAUUACAUAGUUUGAGUCCAGGCCAAGAGUAGAAUCACUCUCUCUUCAGAGUAGACUGUCUCACAAGGUGCUAAUGGGUAGCCCUGUGAGGUACUGUCUGUCAGAGGUGUCACAGUGUCAGGUGCUGCUCAGAGUUAAAGGUCUGGACGACUUAAAACACUCCCAGCCCACUGGCUACACAGUCUCUUGAACAAUUAUCUCGUUCCUUUCAUAGUCAUUCUUAUAAUCAGUAUUGUUUUUUCCCCCAUUUUAUUUUAACAUGUAUAAAACAUUCUUCAUUUUGAUAAAUCAAUCAUACUUUAUAUUCUAUUAUGAACAUACUACUCAUACUUGUUUUUAUUGCAUUUUUUUUCUUUAACUUUUUAUUUUUGAUUGAUAUUGUUAUUUUACUGCAUUGUUGAGGAGAGUUAACAGGCAGGCAUUUCACUGCACCGUGUGCAUGUGACCAAUAAACUUUGAUUUGGCAUUGGUGAAAUAUGUGACGGCUCUAGUUUGAAUGUGUUUAGUAAGUAAAGAGUAAUUUGAUGUAAAGUGAUGGGACAAGACCGAGCCUGUGUGGCCUGUGCCAGGGGUGUGGCAUUGCCAGGGCUGCAUCAGGCGCGUGUGAGUGGGCAUGAUGUUUAGUCUGGGACAGGGCAGGGGGAGAUUUGAUGCUGGGUGUCUGGGGGGCCAUCAGGAAAUGAGAGGGAGGGAGCAGAGCCAGGGUGGGCUUAGGGCUUGAUGGCCCACCCAUAUGGGCCUGGACAUUGGAGAAAAUAGCAUAUUAGGCAAGGCUCCUUGCACUGGAUGGCUCAUUAGCCAUAACCAAUUAAUUUAAUCAAAGUGUUAUCAAAACAGUCCACUUUUCGCUUAGGAGAGAAAAUAUUAUAGUGUUAUGCUAUUAUAUACUCAUAGGAAUCUGAAAAAACCUGACAACUUGGAAUUGUGUUUGUAUAUUCAGAUUUCUUCAGGCAUUAACAGUGUGUCUGUUCAGUCAUCCCUGUCAUUGUAUUUGGGUGUGUCUGUAUACUGAGGUAUGCCCAGUAUGUUAUGUUCAGGUAUAAAUGUUUUCAUAUCUGUGCCUCUCUCUACAGCUCUUCCUGUUGGAGGAGACAAGGGAACGUAAGUUUGACAGCCACGCCAGGGCCAUCCAGAAAGCCUGGCGCAAGUAUGUGGCCCGCAAGAAGUACGUACAGAUGAGGGAGGAAGGUGAGUGACACUCACGUUUUGAAAAAAACAAAAUAGCCUAAUCAUCAUGACUAAUGUUCAAGCUUAGAUGUCAAACAGUAUCAAGGUUCUGGUCUAAUGCUUCUAAAAAUGAACUGAAUUGAGAUUGUAUGUAUGCAUUCUUGUCUGACUGCCUGUCCCUGUGUGUCCGUCCCCAGCCUCUGACCUGCUGGUGAACAGGAAGGAGAGGAGGAGACACAGCCUCAACAGGAACUUUGUGGGGGACUACCUGGGUAUGGACGACAGGCCUGAGCUACGACAGUUCCUGGCCAAGAGGGAAAAGAUUGACUUCGCUGACAAAGUCACAAAAUACGACCGUCGCUUCAAAGUGGGUGUCUUGAACAGCAGACUUCUCUGUUUGUUUGUUUUUGAUAUUGUUAGUCCAAUGACCAUUUGUUUCCUCUCUGUCCAUAUGUGUUUCCAGGGCAUUAAGAGAGACUUGAUCCUGACCCCGAAGUGUAUGUACCUGAUCGGGAGAGAAAAGGUGAAGCAGGGCCCUGAGAAAGGUCAGGUGACCGAGGUGCUGAAGAGGCGGGUUGAUGUGGAGAAGAUCCUGGCUGUGUCUCUCAGGUAAGACCCAGAUAUUAUGACCCAGGUCCUGGGCUCCAGGAGAGGCUGGCAGGGUCUGCCUAGCCCCAUACUGAGUGUUUAGUGUUUAUUCCCCUUAGGCAGUAAGAACACACAUGACCAGCAGACUCAAGGCCUCACAAAGUCAGCUAGUUAAAGUGUAACACUUUUCACCAGCGGUCACAAAUAGAUAGUUGCACAAUGUACUGUACAUAGAUACUCUUGGUCUUGUCAGUGAUGUCAUUAUCUGUGACUUACAAUCCAAACAGUUGUACGUUCAUGGUAUCCGGGUUUCGGUGAAAAUAGGUUUGAUAUUUUCAAGUACAAAAGAUACUACUCACUGGGUCUCAAUAAGAAACUUGAUAAACAGCUCCGGAAUCAGCCUCCCAUUACACAUUAGAUUAUUCUUUCAGCUCACAGAAACCCACCAUGUUAAGCUACAGCUAUCUGCAGAAAUGCAAAAGCUACAAAGUCUGGAUAUAUGAUCACUCAAGUCCCCUUGUUCCUUUAAAUGUCACACAUGAGAUAUUAAAAACAUGGAAAAGAUUCAAACCUCCUCUGGUAUAUGUCUGCUCCUGAGCAUCGCAGUGCUAACUGUGCCACUAGAGAUCCUGGUUCGAAUCCAGGCUCUGUCGCAGCCGGCCGCGACCGGGAGAUUCAUGGGCGGCGCACAAUUGGCCCAGUGUCGUCCAGGGUAGGGGAGGGAAUGGCCGGCAGGGAUGUAGCGCAGUUGAUAGAGCAUGGCGUUUGCAACGCCAGGGUUGUGGGUUCGAUUCCCACGGGGGGCCAGUAUAAAAAAAAUAUAUAUAUAAAAUAUGUAUUCACUAACUGUAAGUCGCUCUGGAUAAGAGCGUCUGCUAAAUGACUAAAAUGUAAAUGUAAUACACGUUUUCACCUAGAUAGUACAUUUGCAUGUAAACGCCAAACGCUUCUGAGUAAUUAUUUUAUUCGACCUUUAUUUUACCAGGCAGGUCAAUUAAGAACAAAUUCUUAUUUACAAUGACAGCCAUUUGUUUUGUUGAAGUCACCAGUAAAGACAAAUAAUACUGACAGCGUCAGCCCAGAGGUCAGGUCAGGUAAAUUUUUACGACCCACAUUAUUCUAUGACCCACUAAGCUACAUUUGCAUUUAACCAGUGAGGGGAAAAAAAUAAGAAAAUACAUUUGACUGGUCAAAGCCGUGUUUAACACUCAACUAGAUUAUGAGUGUAACUGUAGGACUUGUAUUAUCCUCCAGCUUGUUGUCCAGUACUUACCUGUUUGAAUGUUGCACAUGAGUUGCAGGGGGCUUUGUUUUUGGUGGGGACAUUGUAGAAUACUUUGUAGAGGCAUAGACAUGUGGCUUUUGAGUCUGUGAGUGAGUGGGGGGUUGUGGGUAAUAUGAACCAGGUGGUGCUGGGAGGGAAAGCAGGCAUUGUAAAAAGCUCAUUGGAGAGGACUUUAGUUCAUUGGGGGGAACAGUGCAUCGCUGUGUGAGUCACAGGAACAGGUUUCCCUCUCCUUAGUUACCUGCUGCUUUGUGUCUCUCGCUGGUUAAAUGCAAAUGUAAAGCUUAGUGGGUCAUAGAAUAAUGUGGGUUGUAAUAAUUUACCUGACCUGACCUUUGGGCUGACGCUGUCAGGAUUAUUUGUCUUUACUGGUGACUUCAACAAAACUAAUGGCCGUCAUUGUAAAUAAGAAUUUGUUCUUAAUUGACCUGCCUGGUAAAAUCAAGUUAAAGUAAAAUAAUUACUCUGAAGCGUUUGGCUUUUACAUGCAGAUGUACUAUGUUUACCUGUACCUACAAUAUCUAGGCCAUUCAGGUAUUGCACUCUGCUCUGAGUUCUGACGAUAGAAUAGAAUGUCGAAUUCACAAUCACUCUCUUCUGAAAUCAAUAUCAGAUCAAACUUCAAAUCAAACUUUAUUCAUAUCUGUCACAUUACAGUGCAUGUACAAAUUUGCUCCCCAGUCCCCACUGAUUGGUCUGUCCCUGUCCCUCAGCACGAUGCAGGACGACCUGCUGAUCCUCCAUGAGCAGGAGUAUGACAGCCUGCUGGAGUGCACCUUUAAGACCGAGUUCAUCAGCCUGCUGACCCGCAGGUUCGAGGAGAGGACCCAGAGGAAGCUGCCGCUCAAGUUUGGCACCACGUACGUACUGUAAACACAAACAUGCCUUUAAACAUACAUUGUGAUAUAUGGGUGGAGCGGAAGUAGACAACACUAUGGUCAACAUGCUUUACAAUACUCUGGGGUUGUUCUGGAAAUACUGCUUUUGAUUUGGUAGAGAAAUAACGGAUGACAUUUCUCUGGCAAUUUCCAGUGGAUGGUUUAAGUCAGUGGUUGUAAGGGAGAUCUCUCUGCUCUGUCUCUCAGACUGGAGCUGAAGCUGAAGAAGGAGAACUGGGGUUUCCUGAGUGGAGGUGGCUCCAGACAGGUGAUGUUUGUCCUGGGCCAGGGGGACGUGGCUGUCAUGAAGCCCUCCAGUAAGGCGCUGCAGGUCAGCAUUGGAGCUGGCCUGCCCAAGAACACACGUGAGUAUUACAGGAGUAGUGUGUACCAUCCCUCCGCAUCAGGAUUCAAUAGACAUGGGGUUUUCUAAGUGCUGUCUGAAACAUGCUGUUUACUGACUUAGAGUCCCCUUUGUAGGUCCCACCAAGAAGAGCUUCACUCAGAGUCGCUCCAGCGUGUCCAGAACCCAUCAGAACACUCCCACACGGGCUGCACCUGGGCCUCCAGGUAAAAUAAUCAUUAGCUGAUGUAGGCCUUAUCACCCCUGUAAAUAAUUUACAUUUUACAUUUAAGUCAUUUAGCAGACGCUCUUAUCCAGAGCGACUUACAGUUAGUGAAUACAAUUAUUAUUAUUUUUAUUUUUUAUACUGGCCCCCCGUGGGAAUCGAACCCACAACCCUGGCGUUGCAAACGCCAUGCUCUAUCAACUGAGCUACAUCCCUGCCGGCCAUUCCCUCCCCUACCCUGGACGACGCUGGGCCAAUUGUGCGCCGCCCAUGAGUCUCCCGGUCGCGACAGAGCCUGGAUUCGAACCAGGAUCUCUAGUGGCACAGUUAGCACUGCGAUGCAGUGCCUUAGACCACUGCGCCACUCAGGAGAAGCAGUUAGCAACAGUUAGCUGUUUCCACUUGAUGUUGACAACCAUCUUCCUCUUUGUCACAGUUGCCCAUCAGAAUGGUGGUCCAAAAAACGCCAACCACAUGGCCAAUCAGAGGAACGCCUCACAGCAUUCCAAUCAGAGGCCUCCGUCAACAGGCAAUGGGUCCCGCCCCUUCCUUCCCAACAACGUCAAUCUGAAGGAGAGGGGCAGCAGCAAGCCUAAGCCCAACCAGCCAAACCUGGACUGUCUGAAGGUUCCUGACCAGGGGGCGGCAGGGUGAGUACUGGCACCAAUAGCCCUGAUUACCUCCCAAUACAGAGCCCUAAGGAUUGAUAACUACAAUGACUUACUAUACAGAUACGUUUGCUCUUACAUAAACAUGUAAAUACUGAGGAUAAGUAUGGUGUGUAACAUGGUGUGUAUGAGGAUGUGUUUGUGUCAGUAUGGUGCAGUGCUGUUUCAGUGUGUGAGCACACACACACACACACACAGUGUCCUGCUGUAACUUGGAUGAUGUAUUCCUUUAUAGUAACGGAGGAGCCCGGACAGCUUCGAAUGGAGGAAUGUGAGUCUGAGUGUUUGCGGUGUGUUGUGGUGAUGGUUCAGGCCUUAGCCAAGCCAGGCGCAGCUCACUGGCAUGAUGUGUAUAUCUCUCCCUGGCUCUCCUGUAGCUAGAUGCUCUCCUUCUUGCUUGUAGACAUCUCUCUAACAGCUGAUGUUGAAUCAGAAGAAGGCAAAACCUAUCAUCUGAUUGGAUGAAACUACAGGAAAAAAGUCUGAGCCCAGUAACAUGAUGUCAAUCAUUCUGUUGUUGAAGAGUCCUUUUGCUCCAGAAUUAUACCUUCGAAGGCAUGAUAUGGAUUCCUGAUAUGGAAUCUAUUCUCAUAAAAUAUCUAUGAUCCCACUGCUUGCAAAUUACUGGGCUUAAUUUUUUCUCCCAAAAUUGGGUCUGGUGUCAAUUAACACGGAAAACAUCCAUUGGGUACGUCUCAAUUGUUUUGAGAUAUCCUGGAUACAAAUCUUGGGGAAGCAAGAUAUUACUUUUUCAUUGGUGAUUCCUUUGGUGUGAUAGUUUGCUUAUUGGUUGACUUCGUGAAGGGUUGUGUGUGCGUGUUUUUCAUCUCUAGCCUUCUCAAGUUAAUUCACUGAAUUUACAAACAACUUUCCAGUGUUUUACACCCGAUAAUACCAUAUGGUGAUUUCCAAUGAGACUUACCCCUUAGCUCUAGUGUUAUAGUGUUUCCACAAUAACAAGUCUUUAGUGUGACACUAAAGACGUGGUGAGCAUAAUCAACCACCUCUGCAUAAUAUCAAAACUGUUGCUUUGUGAGAAGGUGUUAAAGUUCACUGUUAGCCAUUGUUAUGUACUGUAAGUGCCAGCUGAAAAGUACCCAGGGCCUUGCCUUGGCUCCAAGUCAGAGCAGGUCCGCCGGAGCCAUGGCCCAGUGAGACACGGGUGCCGGCCUGCGUAGAUCGGAAACAGAAAAGUCUGAGCCUUCUGGGUAAAACACUGGGGUAAAUCCUAAAUGGACAUGCACCAGUAGUGUUGGACAUAGUUGUACUGAGACAAAUCUAAGGGAUGGCUCGCCAUCUUGUGGUAGAACUGUGUAUAUCAAAUUCAAUUCAGUCAGGUGUCUUUGAAAGAAACAAUGGAGUAAGCACAUACCUAUCCAAUAAUAACUACCACACAAACUCACAUGGUAUGUUAUUUUAUCCCAAUAUCGAUACAGCUGUAGUCUAACUUCACAUCCUUUGCUAAAGCCACACAAUCACCAAAAGCUUUCCUAAUGACUGACUGUAGUGUUCUAGCCGGCCAGUAGAAUAGUUCCACACUAAUGAAGGAUAGGAGACUUUCUUUUCUUUGAUGACUAAGGCUCACUCCUGUUGUCUGUGUCUUUAUUCCUCAGUGUCCAAAGACAGUCUGUCAGUAGACCACCCCCAGGAGGGGGGCGACCCAAACCUGCCCCCAAACCCAAGCCCCAACCCAAGCCCCAGGUGCCUCAGUGCAAAGCCCUUUAUGCCUAUGAUGCUCAGGACACAGACGAGCUCAGCUUCAAUGCAGACGACGUCAUCGACAUCAUCAAGGAAGGUAAUACACAGGAGGCAGAAAUCACACCAUCAUCGCACAGGGAAAAUUAUUGGAUUUUGUUUGGUGUGGGGUGCACAAAACAUUUGCACUUUAACGCUUUCACAUUCUUGAAAAUGUAACACUCUGGUCCCACUGUAAGCUAAGUCUUCUUCUUUCUUGAUCAGACGCUUCUGGCUGGUGGAUGGGGAGGCUACGGGCAAAGCAAGGCCUGUUCCCCAACAACUACGUCAGCAAGAUCUAGGAGCUGCAUGAAGAACACCUGACUGUCAAUCACCAGGAGAGAAGUACACACCUCUACUGACUGAAGGGAGGAGAUAGUGCUACCAAACAAAACAAAGAGAUUUUGUGAGACAGAGAAGAGAGAAACUGACAUUUUUUCUCCACUCCUGCAUUGUAGCCUUCUUCUGGAUGUAACUUCCUUUUAUUCUGGUCAGACAAGAGGAGCGUCAGGCUUGCAAUGAAGUUGUAUUUUUAUGGGGAUCUGAGGUGUCCAGGGGCAAAUCGCUACACAAUCCCUGUGAGCACUGAACAAAACUAUUUAUUGUAUUUAUAUAGCUUUUUAUAUUCUCCCUCUGUCUUUUUCACCUCGCUAUGGUUUUAAGGUGAUAUUUUGUAUGCAUAUAAAUGAUAUAUGCCUGAUAUGUGGAACCAGGUUGUAAUUAAAUGUUUCAUAUUUCUCAUUUUGGAAAUGAAAGGGUUUUAACAUGAAUUCGGGGUUGUUGCCAAGAAGCCACUGUCUCUCUGUUUUAGAUCGUUUUAAAUAGCCUGUAGAGUUGUUCAAUAUAGUUUUCAAUGGGGAUUUGUGCUGCUAAGCUGAAUUUACAGAUAGUAUUGGCUUUAUAAAUCUUUAUGUUGACACAUAAAAAUAUUUACAUAAAAUAGACAUUUAAUAGUUCAUUGCACUGUGAUUUUAUAAACCUUCGGCAAUGCAUUUCACUAGAAAAACAAUGAUUGAAUGGGUUUGAUAACCAAGUGUUCAAAACAAUGCCAAUUCUUAUUGGUCAGCUAAACAGAUGCAAUCACUUUUGGGAAAAGGAAAUGCACAGUGUGACUUUCAAUAGGUAAAUGUCUUCAGGAAUCCCCCCCCCCCCUCUUUUUUUUCCAAAAUGCGAGUGAUAUCCCCAGAACUCUAGGGCCACACAGUGUACUGUACUCUGAGUGUAUUGUCUGUGGUUUUAUAAGCACUUUAUCAGUAGCUAAAGGUACUAACUUGGACAGACUGGUCACUCCUGCCACAGCUAGUAAUCCUUGGAUGUAAUGAAAGAUUGCCAAACUAGUGAUGGGCCUAGUUACUGAAGAGGAUAAUUUGUUUACAUAGAAUUAUAAUACAGCCAUUUUAGAU